AUGUAGGUGGUGGAAGAGCUAAUAUUGCUAGGAACAUCAGCAUGUCCAGUGGCAACAACCACCUUCCUUGUGUUUUCAAGGUCCAUAAUCUCAAUGCUCUACUUAAGCCACAUGGGAAAAUCUGAACUAGCAGGAGGAGCUCUAGCCAUUGGUUUUGCAAAUGUCAGCGGCUUCUCAAUCAUGAAAGGGCUAUGCAUGGGAAUGGAUCCGAUUUGUUUUCAAGCCUAUGGAGCCAAGAGAUUCCCAGUCCUUAGCCAAAUUUAUCUCAAAACCUUCUUCCUACUUUUGUUCAUUUCCAUUCCCAUUACAUUCUUAUGGUUAAACAUCGAGCCUGUGUUACAUGGGCUUGGUCAAGACCGUGUUAUCACAAAGGUCGCAGCCACGUACUUAGUGUUCUCUCUCCCAGAACUCCCAGCCCUGGCUCACCUCUUACCUUUGCGUUCCUUUUUGAGGACACAAGGCUUGAACUCACCUGCGACAAUUGUCGCCACUUGUGCAACCAUCCUACACCUCCCUAUUAACUACUUUCUUAUCAAUUAUUUAAAACUAGGGAUGAAGGGCAUUGCGUUGGCAUCAACAUGCUUUACAUAUAACAUGAAUAUUGGAUUGGUACUCUAUCUUUACAGGUCAAAAGUUGCAAUAAAGCCUUGGAUCACAAUGACCAACAUGGUGUCCAUUUUAAACGGUUGGGGGCCAUUGCUAAGCCUAGCAAUCCCGAGUGUUUGUUCAGUGUGUUUAGAGUGGUGGUGGUAUGAAAUCAUUCUUUUUCUUAGUGGAUUGCUAGAGAAUCCUGAAUCUUGUGUAGCAGCAACGGGGAUCAUAAUGCAACUAACAGGCAUCAUCUAUGUGUUGCCAUUUUCUUUGAGUUUGAGCAUAUCGCAGCGUGUAGGGCAUGAGUUGGGAGCUGGGCAACCAUCUCGUGCACAGUGGGCUGCAACGAUUGGGAUAUCCAUUGCUUUUACAUAUGGACUUGUAAUCUUCGUACUAUAUAUUGCUUUCAGAAAUGUUCUUGGAAUAUUAUACACUAAUGAAACCCAAAUCCUUAUCUUGCUUUCUAGCACCCUACCAAUCAUGGGACUCGCUGAAGUGGGAAACGCCCUGCAAACGGCUGCUUGUGGGGUGUUGACAGGUUCAGCCAGACCCAAAGUUGGGGUCAGGAUAAACAUUGCUGCCUUUUACCUUAUAGGGCUUCCUAUGUCAAUUGUGUUGGCUUUCGUGUUGAAGAUGGAUUAUCAGGGAUUAUGGCUAGGGUUGGUUGCAUCACAGGCUGCUUGUGCAUUGUUGAUGGUGUAUACAUUGAUAAAAACAGAUUGGAGGGAGCAAGCUAAGAGAGCAGAGGAGCUAACUUUGGCUGUGAAUAAAGAUGAUACAGAAUCGAUAGAACUUGUCUCUUAA